UCAGUUAACUGGGUUUAACAAAACGGACUGACUGAAGCCAAUAACCGGGAAAUACAGCCACCGGAGGGCAAUCCUCAUUAUCGACGCCGGGAUCCGCAAAGAUGAUGGUGGAUCUGAGUGCAUUUUCUGACGAGAAAUUCGACCCUAAAAGAUGGAUAAACGGCGUCUGCCAGUCACGCCACCCUCAGGACCCUUUAGACAAACACUUGGUGGAUCUGGAGAUGAAGCUCCAAAUGGUGUCUGAGGAGAUCGCCGCCUCCCUCGAAGAACAGAGCUCCGCCGCCCUCCUCCGGGUCCCCAGAGCUACGCGUGACGUCAUCCGCCUCCGUGACGAUGCUCUCUCCCUUCGUUCCUCCGUCGCUUCUAUCCUCCAAAAACUCAUCAAGGCGGAAGGAUCAUCGGCCGACUCUAUCGCUACACUAGCCAAGGUUGAUACCGUCAAGCGAAGAAUGGAAGCUGCUUAUGAAACAUUGCAGGAUGCUGCUGGUUUAACUCAAUUAAGCUCAACAGUGGAGGAUGUAUUUGCUAGUGGUGAUCUUCCGCGUGCAGCUGAGACUUUGGCUAAUAUGAGGCACUGCUUAUCUGCUGUUGGUGAGGUUGCUGAAUUCGCCAAUGUUAGAAAGCAGCUUGAAGUCUUAGAAGAUAGACUAGACUCCAUGGUUCAACCUCGUCUAACAGAUGCAUUGACCAAUCGCAAGAUUGAUGUCGCGAAAGAUAUGCGGGGUAUCCUCAUCAGAAUUGGGAGGUUCAAGUCCUUAGAAAUGCACUACACGAAAGUCCACCUCAAAUCCAUAAAAAAGCUGUGGGAGGAGUAUGACCUGCGACAGCAAGCUAGUAAGCUUGCAAAUGAGAAGAAUGAGUUAGAAAGGUUCUCAAGUGGUCACGAUUCUCAAUCAAGUUCAACAAGGUUUUCAUUCUCAAGUUGGUUGCCUAGUUUCUACGAUGAAUUGCUACUUUAUCUUGAACAAGAGUGGAAGUGGUGUAUCCUUGCUUUUCCAGAAGAUUAUAGGGCUCUGGUACCAAAGCUGCUGAUUGAGACCAUGACAGCCAUUGGCCAAAGCUUUGUAUCUCGUAUCAACCUUGCUACUGGGGAUGUUGUUCCUGAGACAAAAGCACUGUCUAAAGGUGUCUUAGAUAUCUUAUCCACAGAUCUGCCAAAAGGUGUUAAAGUUCAAACUAAGCAUUUGGAAGCAUUGAUUGAGUUGCACCAUACGACGGGGAGCUUUGCUCGGAACAUUCAGCACCUAUUUUCAAAUGCAGAUCUUCAGGUUUUGCUGGAUACAAUGAAAUCAAUCUACCAUCCUUAUGAAUCAUUUAAACAAAGGUAUGGACAAAUGGAGCGUGUUAUCCUCUCUGGUGAGAUUGCUGGACUUGAUCUCAGGGGAGUAACUUUUAGUCGCUUUGUUGGAGUCCAUGGAGUUGAACUCAGUGAAACCGUCCGAAGAAUGGAAGAGUCCAUUCCACAAGUGAUUAUACUUCUUGAGGCAGCUGUUGAAAGAUGCAUCAACUUCACAGGAGGUUCUGAGGCAGAUGAGCUUAUUCUUGCACUUGAUGACAUACUGUUACAAUACAUCUCCGCCCUGCAAGAAAUUCUAAAAUCAUUGAGAGCUGUGUGUGGAGUGGAUGCAAUUGAUGGCUUGGCUUCAAAGAAGGAUCUUGGAGCUGACAGAAAGGAUGGAACUUCUCAUGCACGUAAAGCUGACUUUUUGUCCAAUGAGGAAGAAUGGUCCUUUGUCCAAGCUACACUGCAGAUUCUCACAGUUGCAGAUUGUUUGUCUAGCAGAUCAUCGGUCUUUGAGGCUUCUUUAAGAGCCACUCUUGCUCGAUUAAACACAAAUCUCUCUCUUUUAGUUUUUGGCUCUAGUCUUGAUAAAAACCAUUCCCAUGUGGUCAAUGAGGACAGAAGUGGGGAACCAUCUACUAUUGGUAGAGCAGCUUUGGAUAUUGCAGCUUUGAGGCUUGUUGCUGUCCCUGAGAAGGCUAGGAAGCUUUUCAACCUAUUGGAGCAGUCUAAAGAUCCUCGGUUUCAUGCGCUUCCGCUUGCAUCCCAACGAGUUACAGCAUUUGCAGAUGCUGUCAAUGAGCUUGUUUAUGAUGUUCUUAUAUCAAAAGUACGGCAACAGUUUAAUGAUCUGUCUCGUCUGCCAGUGUGGUCUUCAGUGGAUGAACCUAGUGCUUUCCCCCUCCCAAGUUUUAGUUCAUAUCCUCAGUCUUAUGUAACCAAUGUUGGUGAAUAUCUUCUCACCUUACCCCAGCAAUUAGAACCGCUUGCCGAGGGCAUUUCCAGCAGUGAUACUAAUGCAGAUGAGGCUCAGUUUUUUGCAACUGAAUGGAUGUUCAAGGUUGCAGAGGGUGCUUCUACUCUUUACAUGGAACAACUGCGUGGUAUUCAGUAUGUAACUGAUCGUGGAGCACAACAGCUGGCUGCUGAUAUUGAGUACUUGAGUAAUGUGCUUUCUGCUCUAUCAAUGCCAAUUCCUUCAGUACUUGCUACUUUUCAGACUUGCCUAUCAACCCCAAGAGAGCAGCUUAAGGAUCUUGUCAAAUCGUCGGACUCAGGGAAUCAACUAGAUCUUCCUACUGCGAACCUUGUAUGCAAGAUGCGGCGACUGAGCUUGGAUUAAUAUUGCAGUUUUUAAGGUGAUAUACCAGAUGUUUGCUUACAAGUUACCCUUUCUUGGACCAUUCUGGAGAUAUUCAGAGAUACCCAGCCUCAAAUGAGGGUUGCAAGAUUUGGGAACUAAACCUUGCCUUAGGACAUUUUAGCCAGAAAAAGAAGG